AUGGCAACGAAAUCCAGAAACAUCACUAUGACUCCGUUCAAGAAUGUUACCCGUGCCGGGAACAACAUGGUCAUCUGCUACUCCCCGACGAUGAUCACCACCAGCGGGAUAUGGCAGGGCGUCAAUCCGUUAGAAUUUGCGCUCCCGCUCUUCAUCCUGCAGACGGUCGUCAUCGUCCUCACCACCCGCCUCCUCGUGCUCUUUCUCAAGCCUUUCCGCCAGCCCCGCGUCAUCGCCGAGAUCGUUUCUGGCAUAAUCUUGGGGCCGUCGGUGAUGGGUAGGGCGCAAAAAUGGGGCGAGAAUGUGUUCCCCCAGAGAAGCCUUCUGACGCUCGAGACGGUGGCGCACCUCGGCUUGCUGUACUUCUUGUUCUUGGUCGGCGUGGAGAUGGACGUGGUGAUAAUUCGGCGGUCGGGGAAGAAAGCAUUGGUGAUCGCGGCGGCGGGGAUGGCACUGCCGUUCUGCAUCGGCACCGCCACCUCCUUCGUCUUCCGCCACCACAUCGCGAAGAACGUGCACCAGGCCUCAUUCCUGCUCUUCCUCGGCGUCGCGCUCUCCGUCACCGCCUUCCCCGUGCUCGCGCGCAUCCUCGCCGAGAUCAAGCUGCUCAACUCCGAGCUGGGCCGCCUAGCCAUGUCGUCCGCCAUCGUCAACGACAUGUGCGCGUGGAUCCUCCUCGCCCUCUCGAUCGCCGUCUCCGAGACGCACGCCAGCGUGCUCUCCUCCCUCUGGGUCCUCCUCGCCGGCGUGGUCUUUGUCCUCCUCUGCUUCUACGCCGUCCGCCCCGCCAUGUGGUGGCUCACGCGCCGCAUCCCCGAAGGCGAAGGGGUCAGCGACUUCCAUGUCUGCCUCAUCCUCACCGGAGUCAUGCUCUCCGGGAUCGCCACCGACGCCAUAGGCAUCCACGCCAUCUUCGGAGCGUUUGUUUACGGCCUCGUGAUACCGAACGGCCCCUUAGGGGUUGCGCUGAUUGAGAAGUUGGAAGAUUUUGUGACCGGGCUUCUGCUGCCGCUCUUUUUCGCCAUCAGCGGGCUCCGGACGGAUGUCGGAAAGAUCCAAGACUCCAUCACCGUCGGGCUUCUCAUCCUCGUCUUCGUUCUCGCGAGCGUCGGAAAGAUCAUGGGCACCAUUUUGAUCGCCGCGUUCUACACAAUGCCCUUCCGCGAGGGGCUUGCGCUUGGAUUCUUGAUGAACACUAGAGGCCUCGUCGAGAUGAUCAUACUCAACAUUGGAAGGGAUAAAGAGGUGCUGGACGAUGAGUCGUUUGCGGUGCUGGUUAUCGUUUCGACGUUGAUGACGGCGCUGGUGACGCCGGUGGUGACCGCCGUGCACCACCCGGUCCGCCGCCUCCUGGGCUACAAGCGUCGAAACCUGCAGCGCUCCAAGCCCGACGCCGAGCUCCGCAUGCUCGUCUGCGUCCACACCACCCGCAACGUCCCCUCCAUCAUCUCGCUCCUCGACCUCUCCAACCCGACCAAGCGCUCCCCGAUCUUCGUCUACGCCCUCCACCUCGUCGAGCUCACGGGCCGAGCCUCGAACAUGCUCGUCGUCCACAAUACCGCCGUCAAGCAUCACCGUCGCCCCUCCUCCAAAUCUUCUGCUGCAGGCUCGCACGCCCAGAACGACCACAUCUUCGCCGCCUUCGAGAGCUACGAGCAGCACGCCGGCGGCGUCUCCAUACAGACGCUCACCACAGUCUCUCCCUACUCGACGAUGCACGAGGAUGUCUGCCUUCUCGCCGAGGACAAACACGUGACGCUCAUCGUCCUCCCGUUCCACAAACAGCAGACUGUCGACGGCGGCAUGGAGGCGAUCAACCCGGCCAUCCGCACCCUCAACGAGAACAUCCUCUCGUCAUCGCCUUGCUCGGUCGGCGUCCUCGUCGAUCGCGGCCUCAGCGCCUCCGCGUCGCGCCUCACCGCCACGCACCACGUGGCAUUGCUCUUCUUCGGCGGUCCCGACGACCGCGAGGCGCUGGCCUUCGCAUGGCGGAUGGUCGAGAACCCGGUGGUGUCCCUCACGGUGGUGCGCUUCCUCCCGCCCGACGAGCAGGCCGCCGCCCGCGACUCGCGCGUGAUCACCAUCGUCACCGACGGCAGCCACGAGCGCCAGCUCGACGACGAGUACGUCAACGAGUUCAGGGUGAAGAACGUGGGCAACGACUCCGUGACGUACGUCGAGAAGGUGGUGGGGAACAGCGAGGAGACGGUGACGGCCAUCCGGAACAUGGAGAGCAUCCACGACUUGUACAUAGUGGGGAGGGGGCAGGGGGAGGCCGGGGGGGCGAUGACGGCGGGGCUGACGGAGUGGACCGAGUGCCCGGAGCUGGGGCCGAUCGGGGACUUGUUGGCGUCGUCGGACUUCGCGAUGAUGGUGUCGGUGUUGGUGGUGCAGCAGUACAUGAGGGAUCCGGUGGCGGGGGCGGGCGGCGGAGAGGGGGGAGUCGUCGGCGGGGGGCCAGACAUGAGCUCCGGAGAGCAAGUGCAGCAGUACUUGAAUAAUGCUAACCAAAGGCUGUCAGUGGUGGCCGGAACGCAUAAAGGGCCGCCGGCAGCUUUCAAUGUUGGCUGGAAUGGAAGAUAGAAGAAAGAAUAUUUAUAAUUAUUAGAAAGUAUUAGAAGCUGUGGUACGUAGGCUUCAGCAUUAUCAACUAGAAUUAGAAAAACUGAAGCAUUGCUAUUAAUCACUUCCCCUUUUACGUUGAAUUAAUUAAUGUUGUUAAGAUAAUUUUCUUUGAUA